GUAACAGUUUCAUGAAUAGUGAGUGACUUCCGGAUACGCAGAGGGAUCGCAAUGUCAAGUGGCGGGGUAUCAGAGGACAGCGAUCCUCUGGGUGCAGAGGCUAGUGGUACAUCCCCAACGAGUGUUACAGCGGGGACAGACGACACUGUUAGAGACCAACAAUGUCCCCAAGAACCGUCAUGUAGAUAUAGAGAACUAGAAGUGCCACAAAAACUUUGCAAGGAUUCUGAGAUAGAGAAGAGACUUGAAGAAUUAGCAAAGAAUGCCACUCCUGCUCAAGGACCUGCUUUACAAGACGACCAGAAAAGAUGGCUUAUCAUCGGGAUAUGUUUACAUAGUAUUAUUGCACCAGCCUUGAGGAAGUAUGUGCCGCCGAUUCUACAAACUGUGUAUGCCUCAUUGAAAACUUCGGACAAUAUCGACAGCCAAACGUUUAGACACUAUCUAAGACGUUACAGACCGACAAACAAAGAACUGAACUACGAAGCCAUCAACGGCAAUGGUACUGUUCAAAAAGUAAAGGGAAAGAACGAUUCGCAGAAGUAUGACUUCAGAGUGCAGAACUGCGUCGACCUAUCUAAACUGUUCCUUCAGACACACAUGGCACACUAUACAGGUUUUGAUGACACGUGCGACACAUCAGCGCUACUGGCACUCGUUAUCAAUAUCGACAAGUUUCCACAAAACUUGCGGACUGCUUCAAAAACGGUACGUGACGAUGUCCGCAACCUAUGGGCUCAUUGUAACUUCAGUGAAUGGGACAACCCGAGAUAUCAGAAUAGUUUCUUGCAAAUGGAACACCUGAUUCAAUGCAUGAAACUACAGAAACAAGAAGAGGUAGACCUCCUGAAGCUGCUGGCGACAUGGAAGACAAACGGUUCUGCGUUACUACAAGGGACCAUUGGAUUCGAGGUGCUGACCGAAGUAAAGAAAGCAACAUCAAUUUUAGCUGAAUAUUGUAAAAUCACAGGAGCUACUGCUGACGAGAACUUUGAAAAUAUCUACAGGGUUUUGACAAAUGUAUGUUCAAAUUUAGAAUGUUUAAAACAGAUAGUUUACACAAUGGAAACAGAUCGCAAGAAAUAUUGGGAAAAACUUAAAUCUCUUCAACAGAAAGUCGACAGCCUGUCGUCGAAAGAGGAUUCAAGCAAUGAAAUACACCAUUUUUAUACACCUGGUAGGAUAAAAAACAUUUGUUGGCCGUGAAAAGGAACUUGAGCAGAUAAAUUUAAAGUUCAGGGCGAACGAUGAGAGGACAUAUACACAAGCAAUUUGCGGUCUAGGAGGAAUGGGCAAAACCACGCUGGCGAUAGAGUAUGCCUGGAAAUUUCGGGACUGUUAUCCGAGCGGAGUCUUUUGGGUAUUAGUAGAAAACGACGACACGCUUCUCAAUUCUUUUCAGUACCUAGCUGUACGGCUUGGAAUUGAUUCGGCUGAUGGAAAAGAUGCAAUGAGAAAAACAAUGCACAUGUUGUCCUGUUGUAAAACUAGGUUGCUCUUGGUCGCUGAUAAUCUCGAUAGUGACACAGUAACUGAACUUAUGGCAGAAUUAUUGUCAAGUGUAUGGAGGCUUGAUACUAAAAUACACGUUAUAAUAACGUCUCGAAGGGAAAAAGUCAGUGCAGUUGAAAUGUUUGAUACAGAUUAUUGCGUAGGAAUGAAUAAACUGACACUGGCACAAGGUAGAGAUUUUAUGAAAACACGAACAGGAAUAAACACAAAUGAUAAAACAAUAGAAGAGUUUGUAGAAGAAUUAGGAGGAUUACCACUUGCUCUGGAGCAGGCUGCAGCACACAUCAAAAUGUUGCAAUGUUCCUUCGAAGAAUAUUUGGAUGCAUUCCGGGAAAAACGUUUGAAACUUCGUCAAGCUAAACGAAAAGGUGGUCAUUUUCAUGAGUCCGAGGAACGGUUAACAGUUCAUACAACUUGGAAAAUGAACAUUGAUCAAAUUAUAAAACAUUCAGAAAAGGAAGGUCUUGGUACAGCCGCUACCACUGUGAUGGAAAUAAUUGCUGUUGUACCUCUGCCGGAGUUUCCGUUAAGCCUGUUGAAUACUGGUGAGCCAGACAUUCUAACAGUAGAUGGCAGAAAUGUAGAUAAUGCUCAAACAAUAUUGAAAGAUUUACAUAGUGCAAUGAACAGUAAACUAAAAAAGAAACAAGCUGUUGAGAUUCUGACAAGAUUUUCUGUUGUGGACAGGGAACAAUCAGAUGAACUGACAAUGCAUCGAUUGGUUAAAAAACUAUUAAAGAAACCAUGGAUGAUGAAAAGGUGACAAUGCUCGUGCGUUGUGCUUACGGAAUGGCUGGCAAAGCCGCCAGGAAAAGUAAAGAGGAAUGUGUAGAUGCUACAAAGCUUUCAGACGUACUGAAAAUAAGAAGGAAAGAAGCAAUACAAGCUAUUAACAUACAGACGAUAAAGGCGAUACUAGCUAUUGAUAUAACAGGGAGAGAAUCAAAACAAGCUAUCAGUUGCUUUUUGAAUACACCUUAUGCCUAAUAUCUGUACCAAUAAAAACUUGGUCAGAAUGUUUGAAAUAUUAUAAUGUUGAAUAGUUAAAACUACCCACACGGUCACUUGAUCUAUUAAACCGGUACCUGUAAACCCUUCUCAGUACAACUCAAUACAAUACAAUAUCCAUUUAUUUUCUCAUUUCAUAUGAACAUAUGACAGAAUAAGGAUACAAUAUAACAAAUGUUUGAACGAGGCUGUUACAUGUGUUAACAUUACAAAAUAAUAAGAGAAAAAAAAAAGAAACAAAUAUUCUUCUAGCAUUUUACAAAACAUACAUAUGUAUAUAUACUAUUACAUGUGUAGUAAUAUGUAGUUUAAAUCAAUACGGCAAAUAUUAAUAUGAAGAUGAUUAUCUUAAGAGGUCUAAUUCUGCUGGCAAAUUUUCAUGGCCCUUAAUUUGAUAUACAAUUAAAAUAUUAUGAACUCAUUAAAACUGAAUCUGACAUAUUUAAUGAGACCAUUUAAUGAGACCAUUAAUCAUUUUUUAUCAAUUAACGGCCAUUAACAAAGUAUUAAAAAAAUAAUUGUCCCAUUAGUUCUUACUAAUUAAUGUGGAAUUAAGGGGUACUUUUUAAUGGCAUAUUAAUUAUGAAUUAUAGGGGGAUAUGCUUAGCACCUUGUAUGUAUAAAUUGUACUGUGCAGUGUUAAACAAUAGGUUGUCAAAAUGGGUUGAGGAUAACAAUAUCCUGGCUGAUGAACAGAAUGGGUUCCGGAAAAAUAGGAGCACUGUUGAUCACCUUUCGUCAUUAACCAACUUAGUUGAUAGUCGUAUUAAGAAAAAAUUGUCAACCUUCUGCGCUUUCAUAGAUUUUCGAAAAGCAUACGACUUGAUUGAUAGAAAUCAGUUAUGGGAAAAUUGUAUAACUAUGGAGUGAAAGGAAAAAUGUUAAAUGCUUUGAGAUCUUUGUAUAGCUCAGUUAAGUCUUGUAUUAGACUAAAUGGGGUCAAUAGUGAUUGGUUCAAUGUGAAGACAGGUUUACGUCAGGGAUGUAGUUUAUCCCCAAUUUUGUUUAAUCUGUUCAUAAAUGACCUAGUAAAUAAUGUUAAACUGCUGAAUGUUGGUAUAGACAUUGGUGAAGACGAAAAGCUAUGUAUACUUUUGUAUGCCGACGACAUUGUUCUAGUAGCGGAGAGUGAGACAGAUUUGCAGUUGUUGCUUGAUGUCCUUAGUGUCUGGUCCGAGACAAAUAAUAUGUCUGUCAAUGCAACAAAAAGCCAAGUUAUCCAUUUCAGGACAAAGAGUGAACCUCGAAGUAAUAUUGCUUUUUGCUGUGGCCCACAUACACUAGCUGUUGUUGAUAAAUAUGUCUAUUUAGGCCUUACUCUAACUGAACAUUUGGACUAUGGAAUAACUGCAAAAUUUGUUGCACAGUCUGCUGGUAGAGCUCUAGGCUUGCUUAUUGCUAGAUGUAAUAAAUUAGGCGGUAUGCCUUUCGAUGUAUUUUCUAAGUUAUAUGAUAGUCUUGUAUGGCCUGUUAUUGCUUACGGUGCCUCUAUUUGGGGGGAAAGGUCGUAUUCCUGUGUUGAUGCUAUUCAGCAUAGGGCUAUGAGGUUUUUCCUCGGUGUAGGGCGAUAUACGCCGACCGGUGCAGUAUCAGGCGAUAUGGGUUGGACACCGCCACUCGCUAGACAGUGGAUUAGCAUUGAUAAUUUCAUUGUUCGUAUGAGUAAAAUGGAUAAUAACAGGUUGAAUAAAAGAAUUUUUGUAUAUCUAGACAAGAUUGGUAACUACAGAUGUAGGAAUUGGAAUUUUAGAGUUAAAACAUUGUUACGUAAGAUGAAUUGUUCAGAAUUUAUUGUAAAUAAUGAGACAACUAUUAAUAAAAGAGAACUCAAUACCAAAGUUACAGAUUACAUAAUGAAUGAUUUUAAAAAUAAUUGGUUACAAAAUGUCAAUAGAAUUAAUGGAAUUAAUGGAAGAGGAGGUAAUAAGUUAAGAAAGUAUAAGUUAAUUAAACAGGAUUAUGGUGUAGAAACUUAUUGUAAACUCAUUAUGUCUAGAUCUCACAGGGCUGCCUUUGCAAAAUUUAGAGCCGGUGUUGCCCCGUUGAGAAUUGAAACUGGGCGGUAUGAAAACUUGCCUGUUGCUGCUCGAACUUGUCCAUUUUGUGUGUCUUUAGUUGAAGAUGAAAUACAUACUCUGUUCUUUUGUCCAAUGUAUAAUGAUCUACGUAAUUUACUAUUUGAAAAAGCUGUACAUCUAAAUGUAGAUUUUGGAAAUAUGACAGAGGAAGAAAAAUUCAUACUUCUGUUUACAAAUGAUGAUAUUAUAAGAGAUUGUGCAAAAACCUGCUUUUUAAUUUUACAACGGCGUCAGACAUUUUUGUGCAAGUAAUGUGGGAGAAUGUUGUGGGAGAAUUAAUAUUGUUUGUUGUCUUCUUAUGAAUGCUUCGGGGCAGAAUGAGUCGGAAUCUUGGUUCCCCCAUGAUAUUGUCCUCACAUGUGGCACAUAUUUCAUAAUGAACAUGUGUACAUAACAGUAAGCUUUUAGACAGUACAAUAUAUCUUAGUGUAUAUAGAAGUGGUUUUAAUAGAAGAAUUGUUUUAACGAUGAAUAAAUGUAUAAUGUAUAGUC